AUGUUUUCGGGAGCAGUGCGACGGGCGCUGCUCCCCCGGUCGAUUGAGAGCUCGACGACACUUUCGCGACCCUGUUUCGGGCCUUCGAGCCUUCCUCUAAGGCAAUACCAUGCUUCGUCGUCAUCCCCGACAUCGCCGCAGCGACCGGCGCUCCCCUCCUUCUCGGUAGUAACCUUCCGGGCAUCCCUCCAACAACCAGCCUCCAGACCAUCUUCAGCACUCACCGCAACCCCCGGCUCACUCCAUCGAUCUGGCUUGUAUUCUGGACCUUGGCGAUCUUUCUCAGCUGCUCCCAGGCUCCAAAAACAGGUGCCUUCUAAGACAGAAGAAGUGGUGGAGAAGGUUGAAGAGGCAGAGUCCAAGGAGAAGAAGGAAGAACCCCAUGAGUUCGAGAAGAGCGAAAAGGCGACCAAGGCCGCCCAGCUUAACCUCCGCGCCAAAUUAUCCAAAGAGGGGAAAAUGCAGAGCCAGGCCGGCUUCGAUGAGAUCUGGAGACUGAUUAAGGUUGCUCGGCCAGAACUACGAUGGCUCGCGAUUGCUCUCGUCUUUCUGGUUUUUUCGUCAAGUGUUUCGAUGGCUAUUCCGUUCACCGUUGGUCGAAUCUUGGACGUGGCCACAAAGGACGAGUCUGAGGACAUCAAACUUUUCGGCCUUACUCUCAACCAGUUCUUCAUCGGUCUCGGGACAAUUCUUACGCUUGGCGCCAUGUCUACCUUUGGCCGAGUGGUGAUUCUGCGCAUUGUGGGCGAACGAGUUGUCGCCAGACUUCGAUCCCAGCUCUACCGACGAACCUAUGUCCAAGAUGCCGAGUUCUUCGACGCAAACCGUGUUGGUGACUUGAUCUCGCGACUAAGCUCUGAUACCGUUAUUGUGGGUAAAUCCGUUACACAGAAUCUCAGCGAUGGUCUAAGGGCCCUAUUCAGCGGUGGUGCUGGUUUUGCCAUCAUGGUCUGGACCAGUGCUAAGCUCACCGGUAUGCUACUUCUCAUGUUCCCACCAAUCGCAAUUGGCGCCUUCUUCUACGGUAGAACAAUUCGCAAUGUCAGUCGCUCGAUACAGAAAAACCUAGGAACCCUUACCAAGAUUGCCGAGGAACGGCUAGGCAACAUCAAGACAAGUCAGGCCUUUGUUGGUGAGGUCCAGGAGGUCGGUCGCUACAACAGGCAGAUUCGCCGAAUCUUUGCUCUGGGCCGAAAGGAAUCCUUGAUCUCUGCUACAUUCUUUGCUUCAACUGGUUGGGCCGGUAACAUGACCAUCCUCGCCAUGUUGAUGGUGGGAGGCAACCUGGUCAGGACUGGAGAGAUGUCACUAGGAGAGCUGACAUCAUACAUGAUGUACACGGCUUUUGCCGGCUCCAGCUUGUUUGGCUUGUCCGGAUUCUACUCGGAAUUAAUGAAGGGUGUGGGUGCCGCAAGCCGACUGUUUGAGCUGCAGGAUCGCAAGCCUGGAAUUCAUCAAACCAUUGGUGUUCCUGUGAAGUCGGCCCAAGGUCCUAUUCGGUUCGACAACGUGAGCUUUGCCUACCCAACACGACCAGCUGUCCGGAUUUUCAACGGCCUCGACUUCGAGAUCCCAUCGGGAAGCAAUGUGUGCGUUGUUGGACCGUCCGGAGGUGGCAAGUCUACUGUGGCAUCCCUCUUACUACGAUUCUACAACCCGAUAGGCGGAACCAUCAGUAUCAACGGCGUGGACAUUUCGACGAUGAAUGUCAAGUCGCUUAGACGACGCAUCGGAAUGGUUUCACAGGAGCCAGUGCUUUUCUCUGGUACUAUUGCGGAGAACAUUUCGUACGGCAAUCCUCGGGCGACACGGAUGGAGAUUAUCACGGCCGCGAGAAGAGCCAACUGCAACUUCAUCAGCGACCUCCCUGAUGGCUUGGAGACUCAGGUCGGUGCCAGAGGAUCACAACUAUCUGGUGGUCAGAAGCAGCGCAUCGCGAUCGCUCGGGCCCUUCUCAAGGACCCCGAUAUUCUGGUGCUGGACGAAGCAACUUCGGCACUGGACGCAGAGUCUGAGACACUUGUGAACGAGGCACUUGCCGGCCUGCUCCGCGGGCGCAACACCACCAUCUCCAUUGCUCACCGGCUUUCCACCAUCAAGAGGUCUGACCAGAUCAUCGUUCUCAACAACGAGGGCAAGGUGGCUGAGAUUGGCAGCUAUCCCGAGCUUGCAGCCAACCCAGAGAGUGCAUUCAGCAAGUUGAUGGAGUGGCAGAUGAGCGGAGGCGAGAUCCCUGACAAGAGAAGUAGCGACUCUAACUCACACAUCACAGAGUUUGAGGAGAUUGAGCAGGAUCUCCAGGAGAGAGAGGAUGCGGAAGAGGCGAAUCGAGAUGAAGUUGACGAGAAGUCAACAGAAAGCACCAGGCGGCCCUAG